AUGGCUAAGUUGGAAUAUCCAUCAUUAGUCAGACGACAUUUUCAACGUGAAAAUCGGCCUGAUAUUCCUACAGAGAAGACCAUCAAAGCCAUCUAUAAUAAAUUUCUUCAAACUGGUUCGGUACAUGAUCGUGAACGAUCUGGAAGACCACCGUCAGCAACAGGUGAAAAAGUCGAAGAAAUUGAUGAAGAGCUGACAAAUAAUCCAAUCAACAGUAUUCGUGGUGUUUCUCAUGAAGUUAACAUUUCAAAAUCGGUGGUGCAUCGGAUAAUGCGUGAAGUUUUAAAAUAUAAACCCUAUAAAAUGCAUUUAACACAAAUGAUAUAUGACGAGGAUAUGGAUUUACGUGUAGAAAUUGCUGAAUUGCUUUUACCAAUUCUUACUGAUAAAAAUAAUGACGAUCUGAUCUUUUUUUCUGAUGAAGCAACUUUUCAUAUUUCAGGAAUGGUUAAUAAGCAUAAUUGCCGUAUUUGGAGUCAAAGUAACCCCCAUGCUACUGUAGAAGUUGAAAUGAACUCGCUAAAACUUACUGUAUGGUGUGGUAUGUCGAGCAAGCUAAUUGUUGGACCAUUUUUUUUUCAAGAACCGACAAUCAAUCAACAACAUUAUUUAGACAUGCUAAAAAACUUCUUUUAUCCAUUUUUACAGGAAAAACGGAUUACCAAAAAGGUCAUAUUUCAACAGGAUGAGGCGCCAAUCCAUUUCUCGAAGGCAGUUCGCUCUUGGUUGAAUGACAAGUUUGAUGGUCGGUGGAUAGGAAGAGGUGGAUCGAUUUCAUGGGCUCCACGGUCAUCAGACUUGAUCCCAUUAGACUUUUUUUAUGGGGCCAUAUCAAAACAAAUAUAUAUAUAA